GGUAUGAGAAUCAAUACCAUUGCCACCAGACAACUUGACCGGCGGAUAUGAGUUAUUCCGUUGCCGCGACAGUUAAAAAAACGUGCGCGACCACCGUCCAAACUCCACUCUCCGCUUCUCCGUCCAUCACUUGCAUACACUAUUUAAUCCUAGCUAGGUUAGCUUAAUCAUUUCUGUAGCAAUGCUAGCUAGCUAGCUAUAAUGAAGACAUCAGAGGAGGGGCUGGACCUUGAGCUCAGCCUCCUCCACCGCUCCCCCUCGCCGCCGGAGCCGGAGGAACCGCCCGGCUUCUUCCUCUGCACGUACUGCGACCGCAAGUUCUAUACCUCGCAGGCGCUCGGCGGCCACCAGAACGCGCACAAGUACGAGCGCGCCCUGGCCAAGCGCCGCCGUGAGAUCGCUGCUGCCAUGCGCGCGAACCAGGCGAUCGUGAGGGACGCCGGCGGCCAGGUCGACGCCGACAGCAGGAGGACUACCGGAGCCGCCCGAGUCGUUGGCGUUGCUGGAGCUGAGCCUGAGGCGGCCGACAGGGCGAGGCCGCUGGUCGCGCAGCAAUCUGCUCCGGUGCCUUGGCACUCCGGCGAACUGCUGCUGCAGGGCAACAUGGGGCGCGCUGACGAGCUGGACCUGACACUCAGGCUGUGAUUGGCUGCUUCUCCGAUCCUGCACUAUCCUAGCAGUGCCUCUUGGCUCUUGCAUAUGAAUGAGGAUCUGUAUGUCUGAUGGAAUCAGAUCUGUGCAAGAAAGGAUGAUCUAUGCUGAUUUAUCCAGAGGGCUCUUCAGUUUAAUUUCCAAGAUUUGUUCCCAUAUUAGCAUGCAUCUUUAAUUCGAAUAACACCUUUUCUUGGUGGGGGAUCAGUCCCUGCCUCCACGUACGUGAUCCAAGAUUGUGCAUAUUCCAUGUGAUGAUGUGAGGAUUCGUUCACUGGAUGAACAAGUAAUUGCUCGACCAACUCUACAUAUAUACGGAGCUAGCUUGUUGGUAA